AUGCUAAGGAAAAAGGACGCUGAAAAAAAUGAAAAUAAAAAUGAAAAGGAAAUACAUAUUUCAUUUUAUAACAAACUUAAGAAGAGGAAUGAAAAGAAAAAAAAGUUGAAGCAACAUUUAUGUUGUUCAUUUAAAUUGUACAAUUUAAGAAGAAAUGGUUAUUUUAAUUUUUAUAAUUUUCCAAAAAAAUUAUUAAUUUGCAGAAAAUGUAUUUUUACACAUUUUGAAAUUAAUGUAGUUGCAAACAUAAUUUUUAUGAGACAUGGAGCUAGAACCCCCAAAAAAAAAAUUAAAAAUAUAUGGCCAUUUGUGGAAAAAAAAGGAGAUCUAACUUAUCUGGGAUUUGAACAAUCGAUCAAAAUUGGGGAAUAUUUAAGGGAACAUUAUCAUAGUUUAAAAAAGUUAAAUAAAAGGUUAAAUAAAAGGUUAAAUAAAAAACAUAACAAAAAGAGGUGUAGACAUGUAGGGGAUGAUAACGUUUUUAAAUUUUUUGAGUGGAAUGAAGAGCAUCCAAUUAAAGAAAUGUUAAAUUAUUUUAUUUGUGUAAAAAAAAUGAACUCUACAGAAAGACCAUUAUUUAUGAACGAUCGAAUAAUAGAGAAUUGUCUUUUUUUGAAUUAUAUAAAUUAUUUUUAUUUUCACAAAAAACAUUUGGUAAAAAAAAAAAUAAAAAAUUAUGAUAUAAAAAAAAAAAAAAAAAAAUAUGAUAAAUUCAUAAAACUUAUAAAUAAAUAUUUGUCUAUUAGAACAACAAAUAGUGAACGAUGCAAAUUAACAGCAUAUGCAAUUAUUUGUGGUAUUUUAGGUAUAAAUAAAAAUAUAUAUAUAAGUUUUUUUCUUUUAAAAUAUAUAAAUAAUAUUAAUUUUUUUCAAGAUAUGUGGAAAAUAUUUAAAAUUUUUUAUAAAGAAACAUUUAAUAAUUAUAUUUAUAGUCAUAUUUGGAAUAUAUGGUGGAAUAAAAAUAAAAAGGGUUUAGAAAAUUAUAAUUUUAUUUUUAGUUAUAAUGUUGAAAAGACAUUAAAUUUUGAUUCUAAUUUAUGUUAUUAUAAAAAUAAAUAUAAUUACACAAAAAUAAUACAAAGAUAUGAUUUAUUUAUGAAUAUAAUUAGUUUCACAAAUUUUUAUAUUAAUAUAUUUUUUUAUUUUUUAAAAAUAUUAUAUAUCUUAUCUUCAAUUGUUAAAGUGUCGGAAAGAGAUACAAUCAUGUUACCAAAUCUAAAGUCAAAAAAUGAUUAUAUUAAAUUUUUAAAAAAUUAUAUUUUAGAUAAUUCUAAUAUUUAUAAUUUUUUAAAUUAUUAUUACAAAACUGAAAUAUCUAUAAUUUAUUAUCUAACCAAAUGGCAAUCAAAUUAUAUUUGUAGAUUCAGUUUGAUGUUAAACAAUAAAUAUAGCACUUAUUCAGGUGGAGGUGAAAAAAAUAAGGCAGUCAUUAUGCAGACUGAAAAAAAGAACAGAAUAGGAAUGAUACAAAAUAAAAUUUCCACAGUUUUAAAAAAUUAUAAUUCUACUUUAUAUAUAUUAAAGAAAAAGUUAAAUAAAUACAUAAUUUUGAAUGAUAUAAAAAAAAUUAAUUAUUCAUCAUGUUAUAUAAAAAAUUAUUUGCAUUUACCAAUUUUAGUUAAUUUAAAAAAUAUGGAUAUGAAAAGCCAUAAAAUAAAACGUAAUAAAAUAAAGCCAAUAUCUUAUUGGUGUGAUAAAAAUGAUUAUAUGGAAUUACAUAAUUAUAAAUAUCAUAUUUUUAAAAGAAGACAAAAAAAUGUAAAAAUAAUUAAACAGUUUGUAAGUUCAUAUGAUGCAUAUUUAUAUCACAAUAUUAAUAUUAUUUUUGAUAUUAAAAAGGGGUAUAAAAAUUUAGAACCAAAAGAAAUAAAUUCUCAAAAUUUUGUUCAGAAAAAACACGAAAAAAUAAAUAAAUUAUUUUUUAAUAAAAUAUAUCAGUGUUAUAAAUGGAUGAUGAAAUUUGAAUAUAAAAAUAAAUAUUUGUCUUGGGCAUGUAGUGGUUUGUCUUUAAUUGAUGUUGUUAUCAACUUUUUAAUAAGUGCAAGAUUGUUUGAAAUUUUUGAAAAAAAUAAAAAAAUAAAACAAAAAAAACAAAAAAAACAAAAAAAACAAAAAAAACAAAAAAAAAUAUACCCCUCCAAAGUUAUAUUAUAUUUAACUCACCAAUCUGCUAUUUUAUCGUUUCAAUCUUGUAUAGGUAUAAAAAAAAAAUACAUGAAAAUUCCACCAUUUGGUGGUUUUAUAUCUUUAGAAUUAGUACAUAUAAAAAUGAAAGAUGUUAAAAAUGAUUUAAAAAUGUUAUACUCAAAUUUUGGAUAUGAUAAUAAUACUGUCAACAUAUUUUGUUGUAGAGAAGAUUGUGUUUGGAAAAAAAAAAAAAAAAAAUAUAGAAAAAGACGAAAACGAAUUAAAGAAAUAAAAGAGAAUAAUAAAUUGGAAAAUUAUAAAAAUGUGUUCAAAUUUUAUGGUAAUAAAAUUCACGAUCUUAAAACAUUAUUUUUUCUUUUAUGUAAAGAAAAUAUCGAUAUAGAUCAUCUUAUUCAAUUAUAUGAUGAAUGUCUAAAAAAUAAUUAUAAAGAUAUUCGAAAUUUUAAUUUAAAAAAUUAUGAUAAUGUUGAGGAUAAUAAAAAAAAAAGGAAAUUUCAUGGCUUUUUUGUUAAAUUUACUUUUAAUAAUUUUUUUCCUUUAAAAAUUGAAAAAAAAAAUAUAUCUACUAAUAAUAGUCACAAAAUAAAUGAUAACCACAUUAUUAAAGACAUAUCUAAUUUUGAUCGAAAAAAAAAAAAAUCUUUAAAAAAAUUCCCAAAAAAUGAUUAUAAUAAACUUGAUAAAAUUAUAAAAAUAUAUCAUAAUAAUUGUAUUAACUUGGAAAAUACACAUGAUAAAUAUAUGGAUUAUAUAUAUAAUAGUAAUAGUUCUAUUUAUCGAAACAUUUAUACAAAAUUAAAUAAAAUAUAUUUUAUACAAAAUAAUAUAAAAAAAAACACACAUUUUAAUAACAAAUUAAUGCCUCAAAAAUAUAAUUAUCGACAAAAAAAAAAUGAAAAUGUUUUAAAACCAAAGAGUGAAAACAAAUAUUUGACUCAAUUGGAUAGUUUCAAAUUUAGGGAUAAAUUUUGCAAAAAUAAAAAUGUGUUAGUAUCCACAAAUCUUGAAAUAAAAAAAAAUCACAAAUUUUAUUUUUUUCAAAAUAAAAAUGUAGACUUGAGUGAUAAAAAUGAUGGUGCAACAGGGUACCGAUUUAAAGGUCCGAGAAAAAAUGGUGCAUUAAAAAUAUUUAAAAAAUGGGCAAAAAAAAAAACUUUUAAAAAUGAAGCAAGCACACAAAGUAGACAAUAUUUCAAUGACAAUAUCAUUUGCUUAGAUUGUCUAGUCGCAUACUUAAAAAAAAUGAUAAGGGUUUAUGGCAACCCUGAAAUGGCGUGA